CAUCAAGGCUACGACCCAGCGUCAUCGACUGUGGUCUCCAUUCGUUACUUGCAACGCUGUGUGAUACUUUAUCUCAGUGACCAGUUACCACGUAUGGUGCAGGCAUUGGUUAUGAGUAGAAGUUUGGGUCAAUAAUUAAGUAAGCGAUGCAGAACGUGACUGCUUUACAUACUGCUUCAUAAUCAGCGGCGACGAUAUACAAAACCAUCUGCACAGCGAGGCCAUAGUCGAGGGCAUAAGUCUGCCCAAAGCAUUACCAGUUCCACACCCCCAGUUGGGGAUUGGGGGCCUUCAAGAAUGUGUCACAUUUCAACACCAAAACACUCUCGAUCCAAUGAACUAAGCCAGGGGGAGACCUCGAGCAGCCCCCAGAGAGGCACUUCCAUCGGCACUGACCGUCCCGUUGGCGCCGACUGCCUCAAUCGAGAUGCCCUGCGGCGCCACGUAUUGCUGCGCUCCGCAAACAUUUCGCAACAGAGGACUGACCAGGUGGCCGGUGAGAGCCCGCUGACAACCGCGACUGGCGCCCGGCGGACAAUCGUGAUAGACCUGGACGUCCUUUGCUGUGACGUCAAGGUGUAUGGCCAUGCAAAGCGCUUCGUGCAUCGCGUCUGGCCCCGGCCGCAUGCGCGGCUGUUCCUGCAGACUGUGUCGCCACACUUUCGCCUGGCUGUGUGGAGCCGGGCAUCCGCCGCGCACAUUGAUGCGGCGUUGCUGGCGCUGGAUCCAAGGAAGGAGUUCCUGCCUCGCAGGGCUCCAGCGCCGGGCACAAGCAGCGCUGCCGCCGCUGAGGAGACUCUGCUGCCCGUGGCACAACUCGACCUUGGGGGCGCCAUGGGCCGCAACCACCGCCACGCCCGUACCCAGAACCACAGUCACGCCGAGUCGGGCAUGGAGGACUUGCUGGUUUGGGAUGGGGAUGAGGAGGACGCGGACGUGUCCUACGAGGAGGAGGAGGGCUUUUGCACUUUGGACCAGGAGGAUGACGAGGACGGCGAUGAAUCCGAGGGCAAGGGGCGGCAGCUGGCGGCGAGCGCCAGCGAGGGUGGCCACGCCGAUGUCGAGGCGGGCAGCAGAAACACGGGAGUGUGGACUAUCCUCGACGAUGGCGAGCUGGUGGAUCCCACGGAUGUGGUGGUGCUGGCGGCCGAUCGAGCCACCUUCGGCGCGUUGCAGGGUAGUGUCAUUGAAGUGGCGCCGUUCGAAUUCAACACGAGCAGUGCCGGCACCAGUGGCGCCACCGGCGGCCCCGAUGACGACGUGCUUUUGCGGCUGGCGGCCGUACUCGUGCGCUUCAUGGCGACCGCCCAAGCUACCGCGCCGCUGCCGACGCCGCUGCCUUCUCAGCACCAGCCGUGGAAGCCGCACGGUACUGCAUCCGCUGCCGGAGCACCGGCGGUCGCGUCCAGGACUUCGGUUGAGUCAGACUUGCAACAGCUGGGGCUGUGGGGCAUCCGCUUUGGCGACACUGGCAGUCAGACCACUGCCACCGCUGCUGCAGCGCCGCCUGAAACCGCGGCGGCCGCAGCCUCGGUGGCCGCGGCCGCCGCGCUCGGUGGGACAGCCAGCAGCAGCAGUGACUCAACUACACGGCGUCUAAAUGCCAUGGUUGUGGUAGCGGCAGAGGCUGAGGCUGAGGGCCUGUGCAACCAGCGGGCGGUGGUGCAGCAGGCAGCCGCAGCAGUGCAGCCACGGUCGCCCGUGCUCACCACGGACGUGGGGCUGGGCAUGGGCUGGGGCCACCCGCGCCUGUCGAUGCUGGAACUUGUGAACUUGGACAGCAGCAGUGAGGACGAGAGCGAGGGCGAGGGCGACUUGGAGGGGGAGUUCCAGAUUCUGGGCUGGCACAGGCUGGAGCGGCGGCACCGGCACGCGGGGAUGGCAGGAUCGCUGCCCGCCCUGGCGCCCGCUGGCGGCGGCGGCAGCAUCACAGGCGGCGCGGGCGCUGCUGCCAGCGCCAGCAGGCCACAGCAGCCUAACGUGGCUGGCGUGCGCGGGCGGGGCCAGCAGCAGCACCGACAGCAGCAGCAACAGCUCUUGCAAUUGCAGCAGCCCCGGUCCAUGCCAACGCUCACGACAUCACGACGCCUCGUGCGUGGCCCAAGGUCUCGAAUGCCGGGCCGCAGUGUGUCGCAGCUGCCACCCCUGAUUGAGGAGGAGGAGCCCUUGUGCGAGGCAUCCGGCGGUGCUGUCUGCGCUGGCGCAGCAGGUGAUUCGCCGGCCGCGGCUGCUGAGGGUGGCACACGGUCGCCACCCAGCUCUCCGGCGUCAACGUCCUUCUGCACAACCACCACCGGCACCACAAGCACCAGCAUGCCGCCUGACAGCGCUGGCGUCAGCCGCUCUGGAUCGCAGGAGCUGCAGUCGGGCUCCGCCAUCUGCACUCUGGACAUCAGCCAGAGCAAUGACGCAGGCGCGAGGCGAGAGAACCCCGCAGCCGGCAGUGCUGCCACCACAGCGGCUGCGUGGAAGCUUGCCCACCGCAGCAAGAGCUUUGGGGCUGACAAGUCGCGCGCGCAGGCACCGUGCUUUUUCUUUGGUCGCCGCCACCGCAACGUUGUGGACGCCACCAGUGCCUCUGCCGCCGGCAACAGCCCGCUGCCGUCUUGCGCGUCCCUCGCCUCGCCACCACUCGUAAUGCAGGGUGACGCCUGUGGCAGCGCGGCAAGCAGUGGUGACAGUGGAAGUGACAGCAGUGGCGAGGGUAAGCCCGGCGGCAGACUGGCAGGGCAGCUGCGGCGCCUGGUGUCGGCGCUGCAGCGGUCCGUGAGCAGCAGUGGCGGCGGACCGCGCGCCCGCGUUGAGGCCGCGCCUGGACUCUUGCCAUCCAGCCUGCUGCCAGCUCUGUCCAGCUGCAGCUUGGGCGGCAAGGGCGACACCAGCAGCACCAGCACCAACACCAGCGUCGCACAGCCUUUGGACGCAGCCGCUCACGACAGUCCACUUCCACCGCCGCAACUACAUUCAGGCUUGAGCGCCACUAUAACCUCCGUGCCGGCUGGUGGUUGCGGCGGGACUGCGCUGUGCGCCGAUGCUGCACUCACCACAUCGCAGAGCCUCGAAUCGGUGUCGGACAUGACAGCGGCGUCGGCAGUCUGGAUGUCGGGAGACUCAGACCAGGCUCAGGACCCCGCCGACGCCCGGUCCUCGCCAUGUGGGUUCCUCUGGUCCACCGAGUCAGCAGCAGCUGCGGUUGGGCCCCUGCUGCUGCUGCCACAUGCUGGGACAUGCGCUAGCAGCGGUAAGCAAUCGGCGAUCGCAGGGCCUGUGGCACACUUGGGCCAGGCGGUGUGCUCGGAGGAGGCGGCGGAGGAGGAGCAGGCAGAAGGGGUGGAGGGGCAGGAGGUGCUGCAGGAGGAGCAAGGUGCGGCGGAGCUGCUGGGCCAGGAGCCAGCGUCGCCCUUCACCCGCGGCCGCAUUACUGCGGCCCUUUUUAUUUGAUUACCUGCCGCCGCCGCCCUGCUCACUCGCGCCCUCGUACGGUGCCUAGAUAGCAGCUGCAUGUCGCGGCCGUGGUGGUAACAGCAGCAGCGGGCGCUCAUGGCACUCCCGACGCGGACGCCGACCACUCUUGUCCACGAGUGCACGUGCGCCUGCAGGCGUCGCAGCGGGUGAGGAGCCACGUGGCAGUAACGGUACCAGCCCUGCGGUUUCACUGGAGAUGGUGGGUGCACGGGUGCGUAGCAAUGCUGCUGCCUCCGGUCACAUUGGCAGGUCAUGCAUGGGCUGCAAGGCACAGAGCCAAGAGGGAGCGCGGAAAAUGUUGUCCGCACACGAGCAGUCGGCACCUGAAACCCGGGGUGCCGUAGACGGACCCUUGGCCUCGCCCACAUGCUUCCAGCGCGCUUCACUCCUUGGAUCCAGGUUGUAGUAGUUGUAGCUGCCUUGAAUUAAAAUUGUCUUGACAGGCUUGUUGCGACUUACGAAUGCCUCCGUUGAACGCCUUUCUAUUAUUAAUAUGCAUCAUGUGUGCGUGGGUAGCGAGUCUGGUUAUGUGCUGGGGAAGUCCGCAAGCGCGCGAUCACACUAGCUCACAUGAGCCGUGAGUGAGGCGGCAGGAUUGUGACAAAGACCCAUGGCCGGGGGUUGGUGGGUGCGUUGUGUGUGUAUCUGGGCCGUGAAUGUCGUUAAACCACCAAGCCUUCCUUGCAGCAGUCGCUGGCCCGGGGGCGAUGCCCAGCUGCUGUUUGUGGGGCAGGCAAGCUGCGUGUUAAGGUUCCCCUGAAGCGGGCAAUGGUGUGGAACUGCACCGAGCACUGUUUGGGAUGGGCGGGGGAUUGUCGCGGUGUUAAUGAAAUGCGAGGGUGGGCACAUAGCGGGGGGACAGGGGUUGGGUGUAUGGUAUGUGGGCAUGACACGGAAAGACCAUGCAAGAAGCCGCUUACGGCCAGGCAGGCUGUCCUGGGCAGAGUGCUGGCAUAAUCGAUACGAUUGAGCCCGUGUGCACAAGAAUGUCAUCGGUGUGCGCGAGAGUCCCAAGAACAGCAUGCAGGGGGGAGGGGAUUGCGGUGGAUUACGUGAGGGGGUGUGCAAGAAGCGUGGGGUUCUUUGCUCAAGCCGCUAAGCCAAACAUGAGCGGUACAUACACGGGCCACUGCUAUGGCUGAUGAGUGAUGACCAUGGGUAGCAGCAUUGAUGCGCGUACGGUUACAAGAACACUAUGAGGGAGCUAUUAGUGCAAGGCGUGGUGCGGGGGCACCCCUGCGCGGGAUUAGUUGCUGGCGGUGUGUGAAUGGCAUGUUUCGGUACGUUAUGGAUUUCUAGGUUCGCUUGAAAGGAGGGCACGGGUGAGAUGCUGCAGCAGAGGAGCAGCCUUUCCUGUGCGACGCAACGUGCGCGUCGUGUGCGAGCACGAUCUUAGUUCAAACGGUACCCCUGCGUGUGCGUGUGGAAGGCCGCCCUGCUCAGAGCGGCUGGCUGUCCGUUAUACGUAUUUCCGGUUGAUCGCACGAUUGCGCAAAACAAUUACUGAGCGUAAACGAACUAAGUUGGAGGUGGCUCGCCUGGGCAGACACUUGGCUGGCGGUGCCUGUGAAGACUAAACCCCGGAAUGGGGAUGGAGCUAUUUCGGCAGACCUUCGGCCUCGAAUGUUGUGGCAUGCUGAGGACUCAUCCCGUGGAUGGAGCGAGGGAAAGCGUGUUCGUCGCAUCGGCGGAUAUGGGGGAGCCGCAGCAAUUUGCCGUGGGCUGUGUGCAAGCGUUGUGUAUGAGCCGCGUGCUUCUCAUGCAUUCGAGUGAAGCGUGUGCCAAACCAAAUCUUGUGUGGCGUUGCGGAGGAGGUGUGGGCGGAAGAAAGCGUUUACGGAAGCGAGUGAGAGGAGGUGCAGCAUCUGCACCGGCUGUACAUGUUGUGUUGUGUGUGGUUACAAGGUGGUGAGCACGACGUGCAUUCCUGUCCUUGUAGAAACCUAGGCCCGGGCCGGGGGGCCCUUAUAACGCCUGCAACACUUAUAUAUGCAGCUAGUUUGGUCCCCGAAUGGGGGUGCUUAUGCUCCUGUGCUCCCAAAUGGAAUCUAGUAACGCGGCUAACCUGGCUGGGUCUGCAUUCUGCAUGACGGCCUGCAUUCCGCCUGUAAAAUCGAUCUCGC